AUGAAGACUCGUUUUGUUGGCACGCACUUGUGGUGCUGGUGGUGGUAUCUGACUCUGUAUACGGGGAGCAUGCACGGGAAAAAUCCAGUGGGCGUCGUACAGGCGUAUAUCGUCGCACCCGCAAGGGAUUCGACUUGGAUGAGAUCGAGACGACGAACACUACGAUCCAGAGCAAGGUCCUUCGGGCCGUGCCCCGGACUUUUCGAGCGGUUCAAUGCCGAGACGGACACGGAGUAUGGCCCACACGGCAGUGACAGUCGGCCCGUACUCGUUACGCGACGAAACUUUCUACCUACCAGUCUCGGCAUUUGGGGGGCGACGGUUUGGGCGACUCCCACGCUCGUCCGGGCCACUACAGACGACGACGGCGACAGUAUCAACAACAACCCAAUGUUGUAUACCAAACGCACCCCAAACUACGCGUACGAAUUUCAACCACCUUCCAAUUUCCAAGCCGGCAACAAGCCACUCAAAACACACUUGGACGAAGCCAACUUUGCGUCGUCGUCAUCGUCCGCGGCGACGUACAAAAAGGGGUACCAGUUCGGUAUCACCGUGGACCCCGUCCGUAUCCAGUCACUCGCCGAUUUUGGUACACCCGAAGAGGUGGCGGCCAAGGUGGUCCUGGCCGAACUCAAACGUGACGGCGUCUUUGAUCGCCCCGUACCAACCGCAGCAGCCAAGCAUCCUCGUACUACCAACUGGAUUAUUUGA